AUGCACUCUCCAUCGAAAAGUCACGAUGCUGACGUCGCCAUUAUUGGCAUGUCAUGCCGGUUUCCAGGCGAUGCUACCUCUCCAGAGGCAUUCCUUGAUAUGCUGAAGAAGGGUGGAACUGCCUGGUCAGAAGUUCCACGAGAGCGUUUCGAUAUCGAUGCAUAUUACCAUCCCUCGCAUGACCAUCGGGGAACUUCAGUGGCCAAAGGCGGCUACUUCUUGAAGGAGAAUCCAGCCCAAUGGGAUGCCCCCUUCUUCUCUACAACCGCCGCCGAGGCAGGCGCCUUGGAUCCUCAACAACGGUUACUCCUCGAAAUCGCGUUUGAAAGCUUCGAGAGUGCUGGGGUGCCAGUAUCCAAAGUUUCCGGAUCCGAAAUGGCAUGCUACGUGGGUGCGUUCGGCAAGGAGUACGAACACGUCGCUACGAGAGAUCUGAAGGACAAACCCCAAUACUCGGUCAUUGGAAACGGCCAGUCAAUGCUUUCCAACAGAGUAUCCUGGUUUUACAACCUCAAGGGCCCAUCUGCAACACUGGACACCGCUUGUAGCUCCUCGCUUGUUGCUCUACAUCUUGCUUGUGAGACAAUCCGAUCCAGCCGCAGCAAUACGAGGACAGCCCUUGCUGCAGGGUGUGGAUUGAUCCUAGGUCCUGAAACCAUGACUUCUCUGAGUGCCCUGCAUUUCCUCAGCCCUGACAGCAGGUCUUACUCGUUCGACGAUCGCGCGAACGGGUACGCGCGAGGGGAGGGUUUCGGCGCUGUGCUGCUCAAACAUAUGGAUGAUGCGAUCCGCGACGGUGACACCAUAAGAGCUGUCAUUCGAGGCACGGGCGUAAAUCAGGAUGGAAAGACCUCCGGCAUCACGUUACCGUCGAGCGAUGCACAGGUCAAAUUGAUCCGCGAUACCUAUGCAUCUUGCGGCCUUGAACUUGGGAGAACAGCAUAUUUUGAAGCUCACGGAACAGGCACGGCCGCCGGUGACCCGCUUGAAGCCCAUGCUAUCGGCAACACAUUUGGAGCCUUCCCAGGGCGAGAAAGUCCGAUCUACAUUGGCUCAGUAAAGUCAAAUAUUGGCCAUCUGGAAGGCUGUGCCGGAAUUGCUGGUGUGGUAAAGAGCGUUCUUUCGCUCGAAUCGGGAUACAUAUUUCCCCAGCAUGACUUCAGAAACCCAAAUCCGAAAAUUGACUUGGAAAACUGGAAAUUGGCAAUCCCGUCAGCGCUGAUACCGUGGCCAAGGCCGGAUAUACGCCGCAUAUCGAUCAACUCAUUCGGUUACGGCGGCACGAAUGCUCAUGUCAUCUUGGACGAUGCGCUCAAUUACCUUCGUGAGCGUGGGCUAGCGGGGAUUCACAACACAAAUAAUCAGCCAAGAAGCAUUUCGGAGUCUAGCAGCUUUCAAGAUUCAGCGAUUGUUUCUUCCUAUGAAGCAGGAUGGGACGGCCGUCCCGAGUACUUUUCCGACAUUUGUACUCACCAACCGAAGAUUUUUACAAUCAUGUCUCCCGAACAAGCAGCAAUACCAAGGUUGGCCUCGAACCUUGCAGCCUAUAUUGGGCAAAAGAUCGCCGACGGUGAAGUCGAUGCUAACCAGUGCCUUGACGACCUUGCUUACACCCUUAACGCGCGUCGCAGCACCUUCCAAUGGCGAUCAUUCGUUACGGCAUCUACAGCAAGUGAGCUACAGCAGGCACUUGAGGCGAUUACAAAGCCAUUGUCCAAGUCAAGCAAGAUUCCCAAAAUGCUCUGGGUCUUCACAGGCCAGGGCGCCCAAUGGGCUGGAAUGGGAGCGGAACUCCUCAAGAAUGAAGUUUUUGCGAAGGUUGUCACUGCCGCAGACGAGUGCUUGAAAACACUUGGUGCGCAAUGGAGUGUCAAGACCGAGCUCCUCCAGCCGUCGGAGAGCUCACGCAUCAACGAGCCACAAUACUCUCAGCCACUCUGUACAAUCGUGCAAGUGGGUAUCAUUGAGCUACUACGACACUGGGCCAUAGAGCCGUCUGUUGUUGUUGGUCACUCUUCCGGGGAGAUCGCCGCUGCAUAUGCCAUCGGCGCCUUGUCCGCAGCCGACGCAUAUAAGGUGGCCUACCACCGCGGUCGCCUUUCUCAGAAGGCAACAGGCAUGGUAGCAGGCAGGUCAGGAGCAAUGCUUUCGGUAGGUCUAUCACGCCAAGAUGUUGCUCCAUACUUGAGUGCCAUACCCAAACAUUGUGUUGCGGUCGUAGCUUGUGAGAAUAGCCCCUCAAAUGUGACCAUCUCUGGCGACAAGGAAGCAUUGGAUGGCUUGAAACAACGGCUAGAAGCGGACGAAGUGUUUGCCCGAAUGCUCAAAGUCACCAAUGCCUAUCAUAGCCCAUACAUGGAAAUUAUUGCAGAAGAAUACCUCGAAUCUUUGCAAGGCAUCGCCCCAAUCAACAAUCAAGGCAACAUCAAGAUGUUUUCCACAGUAACUGCGACCCUUGUUGAUCCCACGCAGCUUGGUCCCAAAUACUGGGUGCAAAACAUGACUCAGACUGUGCAAUUCGUCGGAGCACUUGAAGAAAUCUUCACGUCCGCUUUGCGAAAACAACGCAGGCGGCGGAAUCAAAAUGAAGAAGUGGACACAAUCCUAGAGGUCGGACCCCACGGAGCACUUCAAGGACCCUUGAAACAGUUCUUGGUAAAGCAUUCGCUGGCUGACCGCGUCACGAUGAGCUCGAUUCUGUCCCGAGGGCAGAACGCUUUGACCACCGCUCUGGACGCCGCAGGGAAGUUGUGGUCGCUCGGGUGUCCCGUUGAUCUCUCGACCGUGAACAGAUUUGACAUCAAUUCAAGAGCGCCACGCCUGUUGGUUGAUCUACCCUCCUAUUCAUGGAAUCAUUCAGGUCGCUACUGGUCUGAGUCUUCUCAGAGCAGAAACCAUCGAUUCCCACUAUGCGGCCGACUCGACUAUACUGGGAUGCCGGUAGAAGACUUCAAUCCUGCGGAACCACUGUUCAAGAACAACCUGCGAGCUUCCGAGCUUCCUUGGUUGCUCGAUCAUAAGGUCCAGCACGACGUUAUAUUUCCUGGCGCUGGGAUGAUCUGUGCCGCAAUAGAAGCAAGCAAACAACUUCAGGAUAGCGGUAAGAAGCUCCUUGGCUUCGAGCUGCGAGACGUCUGCAUUGGACAAGCGCUAAUAAUGCCAUCCGACGAUUCUGGCAUCGAAACCUACCUGCAACUGAAACCUCGCAAGCUUGGUAUGAGGUCGACCGCUUCCAGUUGGCAGGAGUGGACGUUCUAUACCCUUUCCAAGCAAGGCGUCCCCACUGAGCAUGCUUCGGGCCUUAUUUCACUGACCUACUCUUUGCCUUGGUCGGAAGUUCACUCUGUCAAAGAAGAUGACGCUGAUCUGCAAAAGCAGCGUCAGGCACAUGAAACGGCUCUCGAACAAUGCACACGAACUAUGAGCAAGACCAGUCACUAUGACAGCAUGCUAAAGGCGGGCCUCAAUUAUGGCCCGACUUUUCAAGGAUUGGGGCAAAUUCGCAUCGGACCAUCGACAGCAUGUUCGACCAUAACUAUACCUGAUACAUUAGCUGUCAUGCCCGGCGAAGUCGAAACCGAGAGUACCAUUCAUCCCGCAACGCUGGACGCCUUGCUUCAGAGUUGCUUCCCUGCCUGGGCUGCGGACGACUCAGAUGCGCGCGAAGCAAUGGUCCCUACCAUCAUCGGACGGAUAUUCGUUCCCGCUGACAUGCCCCGCUCUGCAGGCGAUUCUUUCGAGGCAGUGACCACGACGCGCCAGCGUGGCUACCGAGACUUGAUUGCUCACAUAAUAGGUGCCAAUUCAGCAUGGAGCAGGCCGUCUUUGACCAUAAAUGGGCUGGUAUUGACUGCUGUAGGGUCGACUGACGAUGAAGGACCAGAUUCCGAAUUUCACAGCACUAUGAGAGCCAAAAUCUGUUCUGAAGUUGUUUUGCGCCCAGAUGUGAAUCUUCUCAGUCAGCAAAAUGCACGCGUGAUCCUUGCACAAGCUGUUGAACCACUGGAAACUCUACGCCGCUGGCAGCAUGAUAGUUCCAAGGCUGCAGCAAUUUGGACCCAGAGAACGCUCAGGACUGUGUCUUCCACGACCAUAGCGAGCACGGUGCCACAUUUCAGACAUUACUUCCAAUGGCUGCAAGACAAUCUUGCCAUUGUCAAAGCGCGGAAACAUCCUCACCAGCACGGAUUUGAGGAGUGGCUGUCUAUGUGCCAAGAAGACGAAGACGCUUUCCUCAUCAACUUUGCGGCUCAAAAUCCCAACGAUGGCCUGUUGAUGAAUUGUGUCGCAAAGGAAUUACCGGCACUGAUGUUGGGGGAAACACAUGCCCUCGCUAUCAUGACUCAAAACGACAUGCUAUCGAAAGCAUACAAGGAUGCUCACGGUCUGUCGUCUUGUGCCAACAUUUGCCGAGAUUGGAUCGACCUCGCGGGCCACAAAAACCCUGACAUGAAAAUCUUGGAAAUUGGUGCUGGCACGGGCUCGGUAACCUUUCCAGCUUUGAAAGCACUUGGCGGGAGCAAUGGAUCAACCGCCCGCUUCCAGUCAUACACAUUCACCGACAUCAGUUCAGGAUUCUUCGAGAAAGCUCAGGAAUUGCUCGCUGAGUGGGGAAAUCUCGUUGAAUUCCGCAAACUGGAUAUCGAGAAAGACCCGCAGGAACAGGGCUUCGAGCUCCAAUCCUUUGACGUGCUUGUGACAAGCAAUGUCCUUCACGCAACCAGAGACAUCAAAAACACCCUCUCCAAUUGCAUCAGACUUUUAAAACCCGGCGGACGUCUGAUCCUGGGCGAAAUUACCUAUCCAGCCGACUAUUUCAUGAUAGUUUACGGGACACUACCCGGCUGGUGGCUAAGUGAAGACGGCCGUGUUGGUGGACCUCUGAUGAGCGAGUCGAAAUGGGACACCAAGCUGCGCGAGGUCGGCUUUUCUGGUGUGGACUACGCUGUCAGGGAUGCAGAAGAAGAUGAGUUGGCACGGGCAAUGUCGGUGCUUGUCUCAACGAAGCCUCUGGAAACGGCUCUCAUCCAGUCCAAUAUCAUGAUUGUGGUGCAGCCAGACUCAUCUGUACAGCAGGCAGCCGCUUCGGUGCUGUGCGAUCUCCUGCUGGCCGCUGGAAUCCAAAGCACCACAGUCCAUCUGCACGAGGCCAUCAGUCAAGCGACAGACUAUCCUGUUAUCAGCCUUUGCGAAGUUGACUCAAUGCUCCUCUAUGACGUCUCGUCCAGCGCGUUUGAAGACGUCAAAGCAAUCACUACGGCGGCCUCGUGGAUGUUGUGGGUUACUGCAUCGCCCAUACCGCAUGAUCCAAAUCAGCGUGUCGUGUCUGGCCUGCUGAGAUGCGCCGCAGCGGAAGCCGGAAACGCACAUCAUCAUGAGCUUCAUCUCAGUGGCGGUGUUCAAGGCAGAGUGGAUCAAGCCAUGGCACUGGUUUGUCAAGCGUUCACCAACAAUCCACCCCGGGAAACCAGCGAGCAAGACGAGCAUGAAAUGAUUGAAAGAGAGGGAUUGGUUGCCACUCCACGCUACGUUGACUUGAAAGCCGCCAACGACCGUCUCGAGAAGCUUGGGAAGAAACCUAAACCUGAACUGCAACCUCUUAUCCAAGCGGGACGUCCACUCACAUUGACUGUGGGGUCUCCUGGCAUGUUGGAUUCCUUGUACUAUGUCGACGAUGACUCCAGCAACGGCCCCUUACCAUCUGACUUUGUCGAGAUCGAGGUCAAAGCCAAUGGUCUGAACUUUGUGGAUGUCAUGAUGGCCAUGGGCAAAGUUCCAGAGAGGUAUCUAGGUACCGAUUCUGCUGGUAUUGUCAGCUGUGUUGGCACCGCUGUUACAACCUUGAAAUGUGGUGAUAGGGUCGCCCUUUUAAAGCCUGCAACCUUCACCAAUAUUGUUCGUUCACAUCACUCCUUCCCCCAAGUCAUUCCAGACGACAUGUCCAUGGAAGAAGCAUGUUCCCUGCCGGCGAUCUUUUCCACAGCAUACCAAAGUCUCGUCGAGGUCGCGCGUCUCCAGGCAGGAGAAAAUAUUCUCAUACACGCUGCCGCUGGGGGUCUUGGCCAAGCACUGAUCCAGCUCGCACAGUACAUCGGAGCUGAAAUCUACGCGACUGUCGGCACGGCUGCCAAAAAAGAGCUCUUGCUCUCACUCGGAGUCGAAGCGGAUCACAUUUUCAGCAGCAGAGACAUCAGCUUCGCCAACGGAAUCAUGCGCAUGACCAACGGCAGAGGUGUCGACGUUGCUGUGAACAGCUUGGCAGGUGAGAUGCUUGCAAAGACCUGGGACUGUGUUGCGGAGUUUGGGAGAUUCAUCGAGGUAGGUAAGGUUGACAUUUUCGGGAACACCGGUCUCGAAAUGAUGCCUUUCUUGGAGAAUAGGAUGUUCGCAGCCGUCAACAUAGAGCACUUGGGUCGCAGAAGACCGGUGGCCAUGGCAAAGGUGCUGAAGGAUGUCUUCAGCCUCGUGCACAAAGGCAUCUUCAGACCUGUGCGUCCGAUCACGGUUUUUGACUACUCCGACAUGGAGGCGGCAUUCAGGACGAUGCAGCAAGGACGUCAUACUGGCAAGAUCGUUCUCAAAGCCACUCCGCAAUCGCUGGUCCCUGUCAUUCCCAGAGACACGAAUCCCCUUGUACUGAGCCCCAACGCCACCUACAUCCUUGCCGGGGGGCUCGGUGGCCUGGGGCGCUCGCAGGCAACAUACAUGGCCAAGCAUGGCGCCCGUCACCUGGUCUUUCUUUCCCGUUCCGGAGCCGCCAAGAAUGAAGCUCAGGAGACGUUGAAGGAACUUCGUGCCAUGGGGGUCAAGACUCGGGCCAUUUCCUGCGAUGUCGCCGACGCCAGCCAGCUGCAGCAAGCCAUCUCAUCCCUGUCGGGUGACUUCCCACCCAUCAAAGGCGUCGUCCAAGGUGCAAUGGUACUUAAAGAUGGUCUCUGGGAGUCCAUGACUCAUGAGCGGUGGCUCGCGGCUACACGCCCGAAGAUCCAGGGAACAUGGAACCUACACAACAUCCUUCCAAAGCACUUGGACUUCUUCAUCAUGCUUUCUUCGGCGUCCGGGAUCAAUGCUAGCCGCGGCCAGUCAAACUACGCGGCCGGAAACACGUUCCAGGACGCGUUUGCCACCUAUCGUCGUAGCCUCGGACUGAAAGCCCAAACCUUGGACUUGGGAGCCAUUACCGGCAUCGGCUUCUUCGAAGAAAAUGGCAAGCAGGAUGCAAGCAAUGCUCUCAAUUUCGUCAAAGCAAUUCAUGUCAAGGCGGAGUGUUUCCUGUCAAUGUUUGGAAGCGCAAUGACAGGACGCAUUGAUGGCGAUGACAAGCUCCCAGCCCAAGUCAUUAUGGGCGUUGGUAGCGGUGGUCUGAACCGCUUGAAUACCGCGGAUGGCAAGGGCCACGAGUUCUACUGGCUGGACAAGUUUUCAAGCUUUCGGUAUCUCAAAAAGCUCGACACGCGCGGUGCAAGUGGUACAGGAUCGAGCACCGACGGCGGCGGCGCUGAGUCGUUCCGGACACAAUUAACAAGUGCAACGUCGAUGCAGCAGGCAGUCGAUCUUUGCCAGGACGCGCUGGUCGCCAAGCUCGCAAAGGCGAUCAUGAUCAAUCCAGCUGACAUUGACACAACCAAGCCUCUGCACUCGUACGGAGUUGACUCGUUGGUCGCAGUCGAGGUGAGGAAUUACAUCAUGCGAGAGCUGAAGAGCGAAGUCAGCGUGUUCGAGAUUCUGGCAAACAACCCAUUGGCCGAACUGGCUGUCAGUGUCGCAGGGAAGUGCAGACUGUUGCCCAAGGAAUUGACCGAGGACAUCGAAAAUGCCUGAAUAUGCAACGAUGGUUGAUACUAGGAGAUUUGUAACUUUGAUUUGUGUAGCAACGUCGGAGUUUUUCAUUUGGGCAGAUCU